ACAGGUUCUCUUUAGGCAAUGUGAGGUAGCUGUUUUUCCUUGAAGUUGGAUAUUCUGGAGAAUUGCAACAAUAGGUCAACAGGAAUAGUUUUAAUGGCGAUAUUUAUGCAGAGUUUGGGUUGUAAUGAUUUGAUAUAAAGAGAUUGUAACAUUCAAGAGUUUUAAAUACUUGAUACUCUUCAGAAAAUAUUUUGUGGUGUCUGGUGUUUUUUUAAUUUUUUUUGUUCCGUAAGAGUUUUUGAAAUUUUUUCUUAUGUUUUUUCACUUAUAACGCGUCGGUUGUUUGUAAAUGUAUCUAGAAUCAAGGGGGGGAAAAACUCGAAGUACAAGUAUUGAGAAAACAACCUUGGCUACGAGGCUCUGGAGAACAACAGGAUCAUGUUGCAGCUAGUAUGAAGUAAAUAUUAGGGCGGCAACAACAUCAGGUGGAUUGUAAAUGGAAGUAUUUAAAUAUUGUGUCCAUGAAAGCAGUAGGAAUGUUAAAGUUACAUAGUGAGUCCGUAACGUGGGAGAGAGACUUUGGAAAGUUCAUGUGCCCCUAUGUUAUUUCCAUUUGCGCCUGGACAGAAUGAGUAAUUUUUCAAGCAACAACAUGUACUACAGACACGGGGGAAGGAACCACGAAGCACACCCUUCAGGGAACAUGGGGAGCGGUGGGUCGAGACCUCAGUUUUGGAGCGACAGCUUCUCUAGCUACGGCAAGACGGUGGAUCCGUACCGGCAGCAUGGCUAUCCAGCGCAGACGCAGAGUGCCUGGCAGCACCAGCCCUUCCCGCAGCAGUGGUCCCAGUCGCAGUGGGGGGCGCCCGUCGCACAGGCCGCUCCGUUCAGGAAAGACCAGAUGCAGAACCAGCACCCUUACAAGAGUGGCCACCACCCGCCUGCGUCGUACAAGUACAAGAAGAGUUUCGGUGGCUACGAGAGAGGCCGCUCAUCUCCGGUCAAAGAAGAAGAUCCUCUGCCGGGCUCGGAAGAAGAACGGAAAAAAAUGCUGGCCCAGGAAACUGACAAAGUGAAGAAAUGCCUUAUGUCGUUCAAAAACGAACAGUCUACGAGUGUGGGCAGUUCAGGUUACAGGGAAAAAGAUAAAAGCUCUGCGGAUGCAAGCUCUAAGGAGCACCGUGAUAAUAGAGAGAGGGGGAGUUCAUCUCGUAACUCAAGCUCGUCACAAAGGAAUGUAAGCCACAAGGAUAGAGAGAAGCAAAGCUCUCACUCUUCUAGUAAUUAUUCUGGUCAUGCCACUUGGAAAAGUGCUCCAUCAAAGUGCAGUAGUGAAGGUACUAACAAACAUACCAAAAAACCUAAUCACUCUCACAAACACAACAACAGUAAUCAAAGUAGUAAAGAAAGUUAUUCGUUGAAUAGUAGAGAUAAUCAUUCAUCAACAGAAGGAAGUACUCAAGUACGUUCAUCUUCCAAAUCAGAAAUAAAUAAUGUACCUCAAGCUUUAGGACAGCAGAAGAAAAGUAAAAGUGGAUCUAACAGUGAAACGAAACAGACUGUACCCUCAGGUACUGCAAAGCAAGUUGUUAGUUCUCCAAAAAUCAUUUCAAAUGAUGAGUUAAACUCAAGUUUGAAUGAGGGCAAUGGUGAAAAUGAGGUCCAGGUGAAAGUAAAACAUUUGAAAGACCGUAUUGUAAGACAUAUUCUAGGAAUGACUACAAGCCACAUGAAAGAUUUCAUUAAUAAACCUACAUCACGUAGAUUUGAAUUUGCCAUGAAACAUUUGGUAAAAGAACGCCAAGAGCUGGUGUCAAAGGAGCAAAGGGGAUUCGCUAAUUCUCGAAUCCGAACGCAGAGUACCGGAUCACUGGAUGAGGGUGAAAUACUAAACGAAAAUACCUGUUUGGAUACAAACGUUAGUGUAGAUUUGGCCAGCUUACCUGCUGAGGUUAUUGAACACCUCGGGAACUUAUUGCAGGUAGAUUUGCUGAAAUGUGUGGAGGAGUCAACCUCAUUGGAAAAAAGCCUAUGCGAAGGUUAUAAUGACUGUAUAAUAGAUUUUGAAAAUUUGAAGGCAUUUGCAAACACUUUGCCAAAUAAUGAAAACAUCUUUGCUUUCAUAGAAGAAAAACCAGAUGUCACCGAGAUUGCCAUCAAACAAGAAGUAAUGAAUCCUUGGGAAGAUGCUGCAGAACCCAGCAGAAUUAGUGUUCAACCUUCAAGUGAGGCUGGUGACAUCACCGACGACCACGAACUGCAGGAGAGUCAGGUCCUGCAUGAAAGCCAAAACGUUGAUGAAAGUACUGACAGCAAUACCCUGCACCCUGACUUGCAGGACAGGCUAAGUUGUCAGGGUAGUGAAGUUGUGUCCAGCUCUUUGUCCUUGCCGCAGUGGGCCGGUGAUAACAGUUUCCCUGGUUUACAGGAGCAGCCCUGUACCUCUUUCCCAAGUGAUGUGGAUGGUUGGAACAAGUCUGCAAGUGCGGAUCUAACAUUGCAGAGCUUGGAAAUGACAGAAAAAUUGAUUGACAAAAUUGAGCAAAUGACUACAGUAAAUAGUGACUGUAGUCAAUCUGCAAAUAAUAAUAAUAACAACAAUAAUAAUAGAGAAGAGCAUUCAACCGAGUUAAUUGGUGUGAUAGAGUCUGUUGUAGAGGAAGAAGGGACUGCAAAAGAAAAGGGAUACAGGGAAGAGAAUAGAGCUGAAGAGAUUGCACAGUUGACUGAUGUAAAUAAUAUGGAAAAUAAUUGUGUUGGUAAAGAAAUUGAUGCUGAAGAGUCAAACAAGGAUAAUACAGUCAUUGAAAAACAGCCAGAUCAUUUGAGACUUGGCGAUGAAAAUAUUUGUCCAACAGAAAUUGUUGAGUCACAGAAAUGCGAUGAUAUGAAUGAAUCUGACAUUACGGACACAAAGGAAAACUGUGCCAAAGAUGUGCCAGAUGAAGUAGACAUUAUAGUCACUGAAGGUAACAACACAGACAAAGCUAUAGAAAUUAUUACUAUACCAGAUGAUGAGACCUCUAUGGAAGGACAAGGAAAAAUCCUACCCGAUCAAAUGGAAACAAAGCCAGGUGAAUUAUUUUGUGAUUCUGAGUCAAAGAUGGUUGUGGAGGAUAGCCAUCUCAAUGAAAAUGACAUUUCCCAAAAUAAAACUUCAUUUUCAGAUGAGCCACCAAUCGUAUCUGGGCUAAAAACUGAAGAAGAAUCAUUUGUGCAUGUUUUAGAAACACCUAUAGAUGAGUUUUUGCCAACAGAAGAACCAGUGGAAGAGGGGGCACUCAUUAACGACAAAUGCCUUGCGAGUGCGGUCAUUUCGGAGACGGAAACUGCCGAGGAAGAGGCUCCGAUGUCGCUCAGCCCGUUGGAAACCAAAUACCUGGUCAUGCCUGCCGUCACGGAAGAUUUGGUGGAAGCGCCAGGUUUGAGCGAGGAGCUCGGGGAGUGCGGGGGAGGGGGGAGCGGCUUGUUCAGCGUGAGCUUGGGGCUGGACGAAGCAGCGGCGGAGGAACGCAAGGAGUCGAAGGAAAGCGAGAAGGAGUGGCCUGCGUGCGGUGCCUCGGAGAUGCAGUACGGGCCCCAGGGCAGCGGCAACGCGGAGUUCCGGAACCUGUUCUGCGAGCUGCCCGACCUUGAGACGGAGCCGGCAGACGUCGCGCCGGACGGAGCCACGAGCCCCAGGCCAGCCGGGGGCGAGACUGCAGGGGUGGCCGUGGCAGGCCCUGGGAGCAGACCUGGUGUGUGCUCCACAUCCACCGCAGCUCGUAAUGAUCUGCCUGCAGGAUACUCUCCAGCUUCUGCCCAGGUGCGACCAGCAGCGGAAGCAUGUACACAGACUGAGUUGGUUGAAGAGCUCACUCCACGUGAUGUGGAGAAGAUGCUACAGCUGCUGGAGAAGUCUCGUCAGCUUUCACCCCAGCUGGCAAAGCUGCUUAGGGACCACUUUUCCUUGAUCAAGAGUUCACAAGAGAAGCAUUUCGAACCCUGCCGCCUGUCACGGGAGAGUAGGAGAGAAAUUUGGAAUCGCUCUAAAAAGGGUAAACCCAAACAAAUAAAAGGGUUUUCGCAACAUGGCGGCAGAGUAAAUAUUUCUAAUUACGGAGGCAGCAGAACGCCAAGUGAAACCCCAGACUUAAUGGAAGAUAGUGUGGACAAAGUGAGAGAGAAUAAUGAAACUCAUAGGUCCACAUCUCCACGAGAAGAUUUGGAAGAAUCGGCCUCUGAUGUUGAGAAAACGAUUUUCUUGGAAAUGCUUGGAAUCGAUAAAGAAAUCCAGAGAUUGAUGGAUCAGAAACUUCGCUUGUACAUGAGGUUACGUUUGAACAUGUCUGGUGAAAGACUUAAUUUUGGUCAUUACUCCCCCCGAAUGCCACCGCCUCAAGAUAGAGUGUCUUCACAGUUGUGUAAUAUGUCUACUCCUAUUAGUCCAAUCUUAGAUGUGCCUACGGAUGAGAGCGAACUUCCUCAGAAAGGUGGGGCACCCGUGGAACAGUCCGUUAAUAAAAAUCUCCUGAGACCGCCAGUUGUAAUUUUACCCCACAGUUACGAGAAACCGUUGUACAAUGAAAGUGCAGACGAGACAAGUAGUGCAGCAUGUGCACCCAUGCUCGAUUCAAUGUUUCCUAGAAUUUCUGCAGUGAACAAGCGUUUGAAGUUAAUGGACACUACUGUCGUUGAACAAGUACUUAACAGUUUCACAAUGCCGGACAGUCAGGAGGAUAAAUCAGCAAGUUCAAAAACUGGCAACAUUUUGAGCGUGUUGGAAAAUGAGCCACAGGGUGAAAAUUAUGCAGUUGGUGGAAUCAAACCACAUUCAAAUAGUACACUAAGCAAUGAUGCAGAUGUUGGCAAAAGUGCAGCAUCUGAAGAUCUCAUUGAUUCUAGCACCAAAGUUAGACCCAGAACAAAAAAAAAUAAAGCACAGUCAAAGUACAUAUCGGAAAAAGUUGAGCCGAUUUUGAGCGAAAACUUAAACAUUUCAGGAGCAGUAAAACCUGUUACAGAUGAACUACCUGAUCGAAAAUCAACCAGUCAUACAAUAUCUCAUGCUUCAGAUGAUGAUCUUUGCAGCAAAUCCAGUAAAAGUAUUAUCUGCAAUGCUGAUUCUAGUAAAGAAUUUGAGACCAUUACAUCAGUUAGUGGGGUACACAAAUUAGACCUACCCUCUUCGGAAACAUCUGUAUCUGCACUAGAGCUAACUACAGAUGAAAAAUAUGAUUUAAAUAAUGGUGAAAAUCAAGUUCCCUCAAAAUCAGCAGAGAAAAUAAGCAACCCUUUAUCAGAAAAUACGUUAGUUUCAAAGAAAGUUGAUGAACUUAGUGAGGAAGCUGUUUUCAGUGAAAAUUUAACUGCUUGUUCUAAAGAUUCUGUACUUCCAGAAGAUGAAAAAGUAUCCCCUGAAUACAUUUUGGCAGAUUCAAAGUCAGAUGACAAAGAGACGACAAUUUUAGAAGAUUUUAAACCUGUCUCACUUACUGGUAAACAUGACUCCUUUUCUAAUGAAAAGCAGCCUCUGACCAGUACAGACAACUUGACCACUAAGUCAGCUAGACGGAAAACCGAUAAGACUAAGGAGUUAGUAAAGAGUCAUGCAAGAAGCAAAGCCAAGCAAUCUCCAGUUUCAGCGUGUUCAUCAGUAGUCAAACACACAGAUGAGGCAUUGUCUACCGACAAGAUAAAGCUAGAAAGUUCAUUAACUGAUAAAACUGAUAGGCAUGCACAUGAGCCAUUGACCACUGAAACAGUUUCAAAUGUUUCUUCAAGGACCACGGGGGUCAAACAGCAAACAACCUCUGCAGAGAGAUCUUCACAGAAAUCCAAAGGAUCUACCGACAAAAAUGCAAAUGUUUCCGCUGAAAAAUCUUCUAAACUUAAGCAGUCAUCAAGUGAAAAAGGCAAAACAGAUUCUACAAAUAAACCCAGUAAAAGCGAUAAAAAUAAACAUUCUAGUGAAAAAAGCGUUCGUCAAUCUAGACAAACGAAAGCAGGCAUAAAGGAUCAGAUUUCACCUGUAAAAUCAUCUGCUCAUGCCAAGACUGGUAGAUUAGAUUCAAACAAAGUGAUAUCUGAUGAAAUUGAAUCCUCUGUUAGUACAGAAUUGGUUGUGACCCCAAGAAAAUCAUCGUCUCGUUCUAAAUCAACUGCUAAAAAAUCUCCAGUGCGUAAUUCCAAAGAGAAGCAGGUUGUUCCUUCUGUUGAAAGUGAAACGUCCCGUACCAGAAGGCUGGGGAAAAGACCAUCCAAGACGGUUGAAAAUGUGGACUCGAUAGCAGUGGAGGCUGAUGCACCUGUUCUGUGUCACAUAGAGGACUCUAGCUCAAAAAGAGCCAAGAAAUCUCCCGUCACCAAAGUUCACGACAGCGAUGGAAAACAAAAUGAGCUGGAUAAGGGGGAAGAGAAGGUGGCUACUUCUACAAGAAAGGGGAAGCAGAACAAGCUUGGUGAUGGACCACAAAAUGUUGUGGAUUUCACAAAACCCCAUUCAACUCCAAAGAAACCCAGCCGAUCAGCCAGGAGGACGAAAGAAUCACCGGUCAGCACUGUAUCUGCUACAGAAGGCGAAGCUGAAAGUAGUGAACCAGAAGUGAAGAAGAGUGAUGUGGAACCGUUGGAGCCCAGCUCCGAGACGGUCACGAGGCACAAGAGGAAGCGGUCCAAAGCUGUUGACGAUGACCCUGCAGACUCCUCCCCUCUGGCAAAACGCACGAAAACGAGGGAGACGACAGCCUCCGCGUCUGAAGACGACCCGGAUGCGCCGGUCUCGCAAGGCAAGCGGAGCACUAGGCUGAGGCGGGCGUCCUCGCGAUUGGACUCUGACCAGCGCGGUGCAAGUUCAGAUGCCUCGGACAGCAAUCCCAGCAGUGGCAGACGGUCGUUGGGCAGGACGGCCAGGACGACGAAAUCGUACAGCGAUUACCACGUGGAAGAUGACGUGCUUGAUGAGGGUAGGAAAAAACGUACGAGACGAGUAUCCCGCUGUGAAAGUGUAAAAAGUGACGUUUCAAAAAGCGAAAUAUCGAAAAGGGAAGUAUCUGAAAACAAUGUUUCAAUAAAUGACGAAUUGACCAUGCAGGUUGCUGAAGUUGAACAGAGUUUAAACAUGGUAGAUUCUGAGAAUAAAAACAAGGAUUUCGAUGACGUUCCGUUAGUUCAGCUUAAGGAAGAAACUCCCGCAGUUCAGGAGUUGACAGUUAAGCAGUGUAGUGUUUCGUUAACUCGUAUUCGCGUUGACCCAGUGAUUUCAAGCGAAGAUAACCCCGGAGAGACGGUUGACUUGGAACCGGAACCUGCAAGUCACGCUCUGGAGCAUGUUUGGGCUCUCUCGGACUCUGGUUCGGCGGUGCCGGAGGAGACACGCGUGGGGCCGGAGGGAGACUCGGGACUGCCCGCGUGGGCGGAGGACGCACGAAGCGGCUACUGCACGCCCGGAAGCACGGACCCGCAGGGGGAGAGCGCGGCGACGGACGACAACAGCAUCUCCACGCUGGUCUCGGACUCCGUGUCGCUGAUGAGCGACGGGGAGCAGAGGCGAGCCCGGGGGGAGAACACGGACUGCGACCGUGACUCCACGCACUCGACCGAGACGUCGGUGGAGGGCGGCGGCCAGGCGGGCAAGCACAAGCUGUCCCGCAAGCACAGGAGGGAGAAGAAGUCGGACACGCCGGAACACUUGACGUUUGAAACGCACACGGGCCCCAUCCUGCACCUCAAGACGGUGGGCCGGCACGUGCUGGCGGCCUGCGAGGACGGCGCGGUCUACAGCUACUCGCUGAAGAGCGGCAAGUACAAGGGCCGCUACGAGGGCCACGCGGCGGCCGUCACCUGCCUGUGCGUGCUGGAGUUCAGCCCGCGCACGGGCGGGGAGACCCCCAGCGACCUGGACGGCGAGCACGACACGCCCGCGCACGUCUUCACCGGCUCCCUGGACCGCCACCUGCGCGGCUUCGUCUUCAGGACAGGAGAAGCAGUGUUUGACCCCGUGUCAAUCGGCAGCCCGGUGCAGUGCAUGGACCACAACUGGGGUUACCUGUACCUGGGCACACAGGCGGGGGAGGUGGCCAGGUUUAACAUUCAGAAGGCGUGUCUUACCGGGGAGCACCUGAAGCUGAGCAACGAAGCCGUUCUCUCCCUGAUAGCGACGAAGGAAGGGCCUCGCAAGGUUCUCGUGGUCGGCACCAGGAGCUCUCCGAUCACCAUCAGGGACGCCACCAACGGCCUGCUGCUGCGCAGCGUGAGCGGCACGGGGGGCCACACGGCCUACAGCCUGCUGCUGGAGAACAGCCUGGUCUACUGCGGCACCUCCGCCGACGCCAUCCUCGCCUUCGAGUUCACGAGUGGCAAGGAGGUUUGCCAGCUGAAGGCUGGCUGCAGCGUCGUGUGCAUGACUUCGUACAACAACAUGCUCUUUGCCGGCUGCUACGACGGCAACAUCUACGUCUUCAGCUUGCAGGAUAAAAAGCAUAUAACCACCAUUGCAGGACCUGGGAAAAUGUUGCUCUGUAUGGACAUUGUAAAAAAUAGGGUGAUCGCGGGCUGCAAGCAAGGCAACAAGCUAGAGGCGUGGAGCUUCCCCGCGGAGCUCAAGACCCUUGCCAAAGAGGCGAAGCAGCAUCGAUAAAACUGCAACGCUCAUCGCCUUCUGCACGGACCACGAAUCACCAUGCGGUGAUCUUUUUUACGUUUUGACCAACGGGUGUUCAAUUUCAUUUUUUUUUUCUCUCCGGACUCCUGAGUGUGUUUUCGCACUGGAGACAGCCGUAAGCAAUUUUUUAAAACGGUGCGGGUAUUUUGCGUUGCUGAAGCUACGCAGCCAACGAAUGACAGUAAUGCGAGAGCGACAGUUUCGGACUUUCGCUGCUAAGUGGCGGGGUAGUUCUGCGACUCCUAGAGCAAGUAUUUUGUCGGGAUUCGAAGGAGACGAUCGGGUUGCAGUUGUGUCGUGACAUGACUGCAUAGUGUACACAAGAAAGUACAAAUGCAUGUUCUCCGUACUAUUUUAAUUUUGUGUAACCAUAGACGUUCGUCAGUCAGAUUUAAGUGAACUCUUAUUUUGUACAUUAAGUUUUAACCGAGUAGGUAGUCGUAUUGUCUGUCAUAUUAGAUUUGAAUGAAAUACAUAUUAUUUCUGCCCAUUUCUUGUUUUUAUGUUGCAUAUAUACAUACUAUUUUGCUUUGUAAAUUUGUUGUCGGGGAGAGAGUAAAACCGCUAUUUGUAUUGAAAGAAAGUUCUAUUUGUACAGAUGAUAUUCUAUAAACUAUGAGGAGUGCCAUACCAUGGGAUUUUUAAGGUAAAAAAUUAAUGCCUUGCUGAACUUUACGGUAGUAAAAUUCUCAUAUUUCUUUUUUCUAAUGUUUUAAUUUUCUUUUACGUGCUGUAACCAUGGUAUGGAAUUUCAAGAUAGAAAUAAAUUAUAGUUGAACAUGUUUGUAUAAUGAUAUUAGAUUUUUAAUGUCUUUUUGUAUUUAUGUAUUGCACUUAAAUUGAUAAAAUCAGUGCAUUUGAGAAAGAAUAGCUGAGUAAAUUUUUUGAAGUUGUUGAACAGAAUGAUUGUAAUUUAUAAACAUUUUCUCAUUUGUAAAGGUUAGAUGUUAAGUAGGUUGUAACUUUCAGAGAGCAAACGGAAGCAGUUCACUGUCCAACUGUCCUGUGCUAUCCCUAAUAUUUUGUACCGUCACCUUCUCUCCUUCCACGUUUCUGCAGUUUUUCAAGUGUCUGUUGUUGCUACACCUCCACUUUGUUCUCUGUUCUUUCUAUCUUCUUCUGUCAUGCACUUCGUUUUACUGCCGUUACUUGCGUUUCCAUUUCCAUACCACGUUGCGUGUGUUCUCCCUGGCAUUCUUCUACCUUGUGUUUGAUCCCUGCAUGCCUCCUCAUUCUUCUGUCUCUCGCGUCUUCGUCCCCGCCUGGUUCUUCUGUGUGUGCUACGCAGUGAACCGUUCGUCUCCCGCACAUCUCUCGUCCACACCCUUGUCCCGCACGUGGGGAGUGUGGUUGUUCUGUUCACUUCUGAGCACGGCACGUUCACUGUGUAGCAGCCACUACUCAUUGUUUUUAGGGAUGUGCGAAUCCUUGAUUUUCAGUUCGGUUCGAAUCCGAUUCGAAUCCCUGGCAAUAUUUGAGAUAUGAAUCCGAUUCCGAAUAUUAAGCACAGAAUAAUUAAAAAUAACUGAUUAAUUUAAAAAUAAUGUGUGUUCUCUUUUUUCUAACUGUAACUACUGGCAAUUAUUUAUUACACUGAGAUUGAAAUGUUUAUAUGUAAUUAUGUAAACUUAAUUAAUAAUAAACACUGUAAAAUAUGAAAACCAAAACAUAUUCGAUUCUCCAACUCAAUCGUAAUAAACUGCACGCCACAGGGAAAUCACAGUUUUAUAAACGUUUCAGCAAACGAAACCAUUUUUUUCUCCAAUAAAUAGUCAAGAUUUUUUUUCUUGUAGGUAUGUAAUUGUUUUUAGUUUAUAGUUUGCUAUACGAUGAAAUUUGUAAUUAUAGUUUAAGCACUCGAAACUCUUUUAAUGUCACUGUGUUAAUUAUUUAAUUUACAAAUCUUUCUUUGAUACAUCAUAUUAUAAACACUUACGUAAUAGUAGCCUAAUUUUAUUUUUCACUGCUAGUAUUUUUGAGCCGUAUUAAAUUAAUUUAUAACUUUUGUGAAUAUUCGUAAUAAUACUGUUCGAAUCCAUGUAUGUACAACGAUUCUGGGUUUGGGUGAUUGUGGAUUCGAACCGUACCUGAAAAUAUCGGGUACUCGCACAUCCCUAAUUGUUUUGAACAAGUUCGAUGCGUGUUAAAGAUCUGUAUUCAUAGUGAAUGGUAAAUUAAUUGAUGUAUGAUUUAGUCUACCUGUAAGAAAAAAAUCUAGCCUGGAAUGUCAUAUUAUUUUUAGUUUUAAGUAUUUAUCAGAAAAGCUUAAUCAUUGAGAAUAGUUGAGAUAGUUGUUUUAUCACCACCACCACUUUGUGUUGUCCAUGUAUUAUUUACAAAACUGCCAUUGAUCAUGAAAGAUGCAUUUUUUCAUUUCACCUGACUAAAUACAUGACAAUUGACAAUCUUGAAUGUAUAAUAACUAUGUAUUGUAUUUUAUGCUUUGGUAUAUUGGAAGAAAACCUACAGUACAAGAAAAAAUAUAAAUGUUUUCAUAGCAAAUUUUUCUUUUAGAUUUUAGUCAGUCUUAUGUUUAUACAAAUAUAAUAUUUACGUACGUUAUUGUGUAAUUUUUUUUUGUACAAGUUACAAGUCCUCAUUAAUAUAAGUUAACAUAUUAGGUUACAAGUCCUCAUUAAUAUAAGUUAACAUAUUAGGCACCCCUGCACCAUGUUUAAUGUUAGGGUUUUAUUUUCGUGGAAAGCAGUCUAUUUAAUAAUUAUUAAAAAGUCAUUCUUUUCUGUAAGUAUUUUUGGUUGCUUUAGAAAACCUUUCUACAUACGUUAUUUGACAUAUUCCUAUUAUUUUUACAAUGUUCGUAGUGAGAUGUAUUUUAAAAAGUUGUGAGACAUUUUGUAAUAUAAAAUGAUACAAAGGCUGAAAUAAUGUUAGUAAGCAUUUUUGUUUGUCUGCUAAUUUGUUAAAGCAUCAUACAAAAACCAUCCAAAGGAUAUUGAUGAAAUAUUCAGGAUGAUAUGUUGUGAAGUAACAUGUUCUAUGGGUGCUUGAGUAUUCAAAUUUGGAGUUAAGUUGCAAGAACUCUACUCAAGCCUAAUUUAAAAGCUCUAAAAUUCACGCAUUUCAUUGUUUGGUCUGGGGAGACAAAUAUAAGUGUAACCUCACGGAUACCAACCUGGAGUGAUACAUAAUAAUUGUAAAGCUCUUACACUGCAUUUCAGUAGAAAACUUGAUUAGUUAGUGCAAAAAUGAUUGAUUGGGCAUUUGUUACAAAUUAAAGUUCUUUGGCAUGCAGUGGUUUACCAUCCUGCUGUUUCAUUAUUAUAAAAAAUGUAGAUAAUUAAAUAUUAAAGUUGUUAGCAAA